AGGCCGGGACACGAUGAUGCCGCCGGAGCUUCAACCGCGGUUCUUCCGUCCGUACAUCACCGCUUCGGCGAGCACUUCCUCCUUCGGCAACGGCUCCACAAACCCUAGCUCCAGCCCCAACGACUCAAUCUUCAACAAUGGUGGCGGUGCUUCUAGAUCUCUCAAGAAUUCCCGAUUCUCCCCCUCCUCCUUCGCCCACAACGCCCGAAUCGCCGUCGCACUCGUCCCCUGCGCCGCAUUCCUCCUCGACCUCGGCGGCACUCCGGUGAUCGCAACCCUAACCUUAGGCCUCAUGGUCUCCUACAUCGUCGACGCCCUCAACUUGAAGUCCGGUGCCUUCUUCGGCGUCUGGCUCACCCUCGUCUUCUCCCAGAUCGCCUUCUUCUUCAGCUCCUCCCUCCUCUCCACCUUCACCUCCUUCCCCCUUGCCGCCCUCGCCGCCUUCCUCUGCGCCGAGACCAAUUUCCUCAUCGGCGUCUGGGUUUCUCUCCAAUUCAAGUGGAUUCAAAUCGAGAACCCCUCAAUCGUUCUCUCGCUCGAGCGCCUCCUCUUCGCCUGUCUCCCGUUCGCCGCCUCCUCCCUCUUCACCUGGGCCACCAUCUCCGCCGUCGGUAUGACCAACGCUUCGUACUACCUCAUGUCCUUCUCCUGCCUCUUCUAUUACCUCUACUGCAUUCCUCGCAUUUCCUCUUUCAAAACCAAGCAGGACUCCAAGUACCACGGCGGGGAGGUCCCCGAUGAUAACCUCAUCCUCACGCCAUUGGAGGGAUGCAUCCACACUCUCUAUCUCCUCUUCUUCCCUGUCCUCUUCCACAUUGCCUCUCACUACAACGUCAUUUUCGCUUCCCCAGCCGCAGUUUCCGAUCUAUUUCUCCUCUUCUUCAUUCCAUUUCUCUUCCAGCUCUAUGCCUCAACCCGGGGCGCGCUUUGGUGGGUCACGAAGAACCCAAACCAAUUGCGCGGCAUCCAGGUGAUGAAUGGCGCUGUUGCAUUGGUUGUUGUGGUGAUAUGUUUGGAGAUUAGAGUCGUUUUCCAUUCGUUUGGGCGGUACAUUCAGGUGCCUCCGCCGUUGAAUUACCUUUUGGUGACCACUGCAAUGCUCGGAGGUGCAUCUGGAGCGAGUGCUUAUGCGUUGGGUAUGAUAUCUGAUGCCUUCAGCUCCGUGGCUUUCACUGCUUUGGCUGUUGUGGUUAGUGCUGCGGGAGCUAUCGUUGUCGGGUUUCCUGUAUUGUUCAUUCCGCUGCCUUCAGUUGCUGGUUUCUAUUUGGCUCGAUUUUUCACAAAGAAGAGUGUUUCAUCAUACUUUGCUUUUGUUGUUCUUGGAAGCUUGAUGAUGACAUGGUUUGUAAUACAUAAUUUCUGGGAUCUAAAUAUUUGGAUGGCAGGAAUGUCCCUGAAAUCCUUCUGCAAACUCGUAAUUGUGAAUGUUGUCUUGGCUAUGUCUAUUCCUGGUCUAGUUCUACUUCCUUCAAAGCUUCACUUUUUGAUAGAGAUUGGAUUAAUCGGCCAUGCAAUUCUCGUUUGCCACAUUGAGAAUCGAUUUUUUAAUUACUCUGGCAUAUACUAUUAUGGGUUUGAGGAAGAUGUAAUGUACCCAAGCUACAUGGUUAUUGUGACAACAUUUGUGGGUUUAGCUUUGGUGAAAAGGCUGUCUGUUGAUCGUCGUAUUGGUGGAAAGGCUGUUUGGAUUUUGACGUGCUUGUAUUCAGCUAAGCUGGCUAUGUUGCUUAUGUCAUCAAAGUCUGUCGUAUGGGUGUCAGCUAUUCUAUUAUUGACUGUAACACCACCAUUGCUACUUUACAAGGAUAAGUCAAGAACAGCCUCAAAGAUGAAAGCUUGGCAAGGAUAUGCACAUGCAGGUGUGGUUUCCUUAUCAGUCUGGUUUUGCCGUGAAACAAUCUUUGAAGCCCUCCAGUGGUGGAAUGGAAGACCCCCAUCUGAUGGCUUACUCUUGGGUUUCUGUAUUGUUUUGAUGGGCUUGGCUUGUGUACCCAUUGUGGCUCUCCACUUCUCUCAUGUCUUGUCUGCCAAGAGAUGCCUAGUGCUGGUGGUGGCAACUGGAUUGUUGUUUAUCCUUAUGCAACCACCUAUUCCAGUAUCAUGGACAUACCGGUCUGACCUAAUUAAAGCUGCUCGGCAGACUGCUGAUGACAUCACCAUAUAUGGCUUUGUGGCGCAAAAACCUUUGUGGCCAUCAUGGCUUCUUCUUAUGGCAAUCCUACUGACUCUAGCAGCUGUUACAUCUGUCAUACCUAUUAAAUACAUGGUUGAGUUGAGAGUAUUUUACUCCAUAGCUAUGGGUAUUGCUCUAGGUGUCUACAUAUCUACCGAGUACUUCCUUCAGACAGCUUUCUUACAUAUCCUUAUUGUUGUAACCAUGGUCUCUGCCUCGGUGUUUGUGGUUUUCACCCAUUUUCCAUCUGCCUCGAGUACGAAGCUGCUUCCUUGGGUAUUUGCUUUACUCGUAGCUCUCUUUCCUGUGACAUAUCUUUUGGAGGGCCAAGUGAGGGUUAAAAACAUCCUUGGAGAUAGUGAAUUUGGAGAUUUGGGUGAAGAAGAGAAGAAGCUCACAACUCUAUUUGCUGUUGAGGGGGCAAGGACAUCUCUUCUCGGUCUUUAUGCAGCAAUAUUUAUGCUAAUAGCUCUGGAGAUAAAGUUUGAAAUUGCGUCAUUGAUGAGGGAAAAGGCUACUGAAAGGCCUGGAAUCAGGCAUAGUCAAUCUGGUCAAAGCACCUCUACUAGCUUUGCUUCGAGAAUGAGAUUUAUGCAACAGCGCCGAGCUGCAAGUGUCUCAUCAUUCACAAUUACGAAAAUGGCUGCUGAGGGAGCCUGGAUGCCAGCAGUUGGUAACGUUGCCACUGUGAUGUGCUUUGCUAUAUGCCUCAUCUUGAAUGUCAAUCUCACAGGCGGCUCAAAUGGUGCGAUAUUCUUCCUGGCACCAAUUUUGCUACUGCUCAACCAGGACUCUGAUUUUAUUGCCGGAUUUGGUGACAAGCAAAGGUAUUUCCCUGUCACAGUAGUGAUAUCGGCCUACCUAGUCCUGACUGGCCUCUACAGCAUAUGGGAAGAUGUCUGGCAUGGGAAUGCGGGUUGGGGUUUGGAAAUUGGUGGUCCAGAUUGGUUCUUUGCGGUGAAGAAUUUGGCUCUCCUCAUUCUUACAUUCCCGAGCCAUAUCCUUUUCAACAGGUUUAUGUGGAGUUUCACAAAACAGGCGGACUCAAUGCCAUUGAUAACUAUGCCCCUUAAUCUGCCAUCGAUCAUAAUAACAGACUUGCUGAAGAUUAGGAUAUUAGGGCUCUUAGGAAUCAUAUAUUCCCUGGCCCAGUACCUAUUAUCUAGACAACAGUACAUCUCAGGGUUGAGGUAUAUUUAGACGAACGCAUACUUCUGUACAGUAUGUUUCAGCAAUUUUCAGGUCAGGAGUGAAAUUCAGGUUUGUUUCUCAUUUCUCUCACUUGUUUGUACUUAUCCUUUGAGCUUUUGCAUGCCCUGAAAUGCCUGAACUGUCGACCGCCUUUUGAAUCAUCACGACAAGUCAUUACAGCAAAGACCUUUUGAGCAUACAAGAUAACCUUCUGAGCAAGUUGAUGGCAUUUAGAAUGAUAAAAUGACGGGGGAUAUUUGCCUCAAAUUGCCUGCUUGAGUAAACUGUGAUAUUGUGCACUGCUGUCGUCUCCGGUAGUAAGAACUUGUUAUAUGAUACCGUGCAAUUUUUUACAUUUGAGUAGUUAGAGAUCUGUCAAUGCUGGUGAACUGUUUCACAUUUUUGUAGGCUUAUGAUUAAUAUUAUGUUGUAAAAUCAAUGACCUCAUUUGUAGGCUUAUAUGAUAACCCGCUAAAUUCAAGCUUA